UUGAGUCAUCUGUUUGCCUCAUCUUCUGUCUGUCUGCACAACACACAGCAACAUGCUGCCGCUGCUCCUCCACAGCCUCGCCUCUCUCUGCGUCCUCUCAGGGCCAUUUCCUGUUUCAGCGGUUGCCACAGACACGGUGGUGGGCGUAGCCGGACAGGUGGUGGAGUUGCCAUGUCGCUUGGAGGAGGCGAGUAAGAGUGGCGUGGACGUGUGUUGGGGGAGGGGGAAGCCGUCCCUGUUUACCUGCCACAACACCUUGAUCAACGCCGCUGGAGAUCAGGUGACCUACCGCCAAUCCCGCAGGUUCUCAGUUUCCUCCUCCACCUCAGCGCUUUCCAUCUCUGGGUCUCAGCUCUCAGACGCCGGUUUCUAUCACUGCAGGGUCCAGCUGCCCGGACUCUUCAACGACCAAACAUCCACUGUCCACCUCAUCAUCAUCAGAUCUCAUUCUGUUAUCUCUGAACAUCUGGGUCCUGAUGACGUGGAGGAGUUCACCAGUCCAGACAUGAACACAGAUUUCACCCCAGAGCAAAGAGGAAGUGAUGUCACAGGAGGUGGUGGCACAGAGCCGAUGGUCGCUCUGGUUCAGUCUCACCUCCAGGAGGAACCAGUGAACUCUCUGCAGACCUUCAUUGGAAGCACCCUGAGGCUGGCCUUCAUCGUCUUCAUCCCUGCGGUGCUGCUGGCUGCCGCUCACAGAGUUUGGAGAUCUGAGCGGAGAGCAGAGACAGACAGGUCGGACCAAUCAGAGGAGGAGCAGAGUGGCUGGGUGUGAAGAUGAGGACCAACCAUCAGAUCAACGUGAUUCCUGCUGACGGCUUUUUCUCCUACGCUGGUCAAGCUGCAUGAAGGCGACAUUCAGGUCCGACAUCAGACCUGAAUCCCAGUCAGGGUAGCACCUGGAGGAAAGUCAUUUUUCAUGUUCACGGUACAAUAAAUAUUAGCCUUCCAUUACAUUUGGAUCAAAGGAAAAUAUUAACACGAUUUAGAAGGAGGCUGAAAGGACAUCAGAAACUAAUCCUCAUCUUUUGAUCCAAUGUUUUGUACACUUUAUGUAAUCAGAUUUUAACAGAUUUUAUUGGAAUAUUUGGAUUAAAACAAAUUGAGUUUGGACUGGU